AUGAUGUUGACCGCGAUCAUCACUGCCGCUGCCCUGGCAUUCGCAGCUUCCGCGAGCGCCGCAACGUGCACCCCAGGCUUGGACUACUGUUCAAAUGUAUUGUUGGAUGUCGGUGAGCUUGCCCUUCGAGAACCUACUGGUCUAUUGAAUAAAACUCAUAGCUCUGUCAAUUCAGACCCCAGCAACAGUAAUGCUAUCUCGCAGACCUUACAAAACAGUGGAGGUGGCAGUUAUGCAAACGAUCAGUCUUCAUGGUAUAGCCUUAUCUUCCAUUGCAACAAUGAUCAUUCUCUUACUUGGCGGGAGUGUGGCUAUUAUGAACUGUGUGCCAAUCAGGGCUCUGGCAAGAAUGACGUCUGUGUAUAUGCCCCCAUAUUUUGA